AUGGAGCUCAAGGCUGUAGAAGAUGGCCCAGCACCUGCCCCUUACACGAUCUUUGGGCCGAACCAAAAGCGUCUGCUCAUUGCGCUGCUUGGUUUCGCUACCAUUACGUCUCCACUGACGGCCACGAUAUAUUUCCCCCUUCUGCCUCUUCUGAGAGAGUAUUCCCACACAACGUCACAGGCUAUUAACCUCACCCUCACAAUCUAUAUCGUCUUCAAGACGAUCUCUCCGGCGAUCUUCGGACCAUUGUCGGACACUGUGGGGCGGCGGCCGGCGUAUCUAUUCACGCUGUCGCUGUACUUGGCGACGAACCUGGGCUUAGCCCUUAACCGGAACCACUACGGCAUUCUGCUGGGCCUACGGGCGAUCCAGAGCCUGGGUGCAAGUGCGGCUUACGCCAUCAGCUUCGGCGUUGUCGCUGAUGUCUGCGUGCUAAGCGAACGGGGGAGGAUGCUGGGACCGGUCAGCAUGGCCUUGAAUCUGGGCGCUUGUAUCGGCCCGGUGGUCGGUGGAUAG